CUUGAGGCAGACAAUGGAGACCAUGAAAGGCCCAGAGGCACUGGAGGCACUGGAGAAGCCACUUGGAGGCACUGCAUGUAAUCCCAUCGUGUCUGAAAUUUGGAUUUGGAGGUGGGGUGGAAGAGCUGGGGCCAGCAAGGCGAUCAGGUCACUUUAUGAAGGUUUGUUCCCACUCAGGCCAACUUCCCGGCUCCCUGUUCUUUCCUGUGGAGCCCCUCCGAAGCCAUGCAACCUUGGGAGGUUCUGGCCUCCACCCACGUCUCAGAGGCUCCCCAAGGCUGUUGCUGCCAUGGCCCCUUGGCUGCCCAUCAGGUCUCUCCCCAGAGCUGGUCAGCAGGGGCGGAAUAAAGCCAUUUAUGAGAGCUGGGGAUUCAGCUGCAGCAGUGGCGAGACGCGGCCCGCGUCUGGGGUGGUAACUACGAGGAAGGAGGCAGCUGCCAUUGCCCACCCCACCCCACCCCACCCUGAGAUCCCACCCCUGCUUGCUCCCUCCCAGCCCUGGACCUGAGCUGCCUCAUCAGGACCCCCAUUGGCGGCUCCCUCAAGCUGGUCGGUGGCACGGCCAGCAUUUCCAUGCAGGGUCUCCAGCCACGUAGCCUGUGCUCUCUGGGUAGAGCCAAGGGGGAGAAGGUCUAAGUCCUCCUGGGUGCAGGGAUCAGUUCACAGAGCCAGGGUGGGACCUGGUCACCUCCGAGCCCUCACUCCCACCCCAGGCAGCCCUGACCUCUCACUGGCCGCUAUCACCCCUCCUUUGAGCCUCCCAGCUGCUUCCUCACCCCUAAAGUGGUUCCUGCCUGCCCUACCUGCCUUGCACCCUUUAGGGCAACAGCUCCCAGAAUAGGUCUGGGCCUCCAUCCCAGCUGUGGCUGUUGGGUCCCUUCCUGGGGACUUUGGCAUCAAUGGGGGGCGGGGGCAGGGUUCUUGACCGAACAUGCCAGGAACCUCCCUUGACCUGGGGCCGGACCUGUAACCCGAGGACUCUGACCCGGGAGGCAGCCCAUCCUGCCUGUAGCAGGGAGCACAAGCCGCCCAGUGCAGGGAGAGAGGAGAGGGCGGGAGAAGGAGGAGCAAGAGAGGGCAGCUGUGCUCCCCACCCCCCAGAUUCCAAGGUCAGUGAAGUCCCUCUCUUCCUGCUCGCUCCAGUUCUCUGAGGUCCCCCUAUAUCUGCACAGUGAGUUCUUUUUGGCUCAAGCCAGCCUGAGUUGGCGCCUUUCCCCUGCCACCACAGAGCAUAUCAAGGACAUAGUAAGAGCUCCAAACUGGGGGGGCAUGUGGUUCUUCAACUUUUGAGACUGAAAUAGGGCACGGUUAAUAAUUACACUGGGACUGCAGGUGUAACCUGGAUGACCCAGGCAGACCAGGCCGAAAGGUCACCCCAUCUGUAGGUGAAGAACACGCAGGCUGCUUGCAUCUCCUUUUGUCCUUGGGCAAGCCAGGACGGGCAUGUUAGGCAGGCAUGGCCGUGGUCUCUCUGAGAUAAAGCUUUGGCGGGAUGGUGGUCCAAGGUGAGUGGCUCUGGGAGAGGGCACAGGCCCGAGAGUGGCCUCAUUGUCCUGUGUGGUUGGUGUGCAGCCAGAAAAUCGAUUCCGGCUGCGGGAGAAAGGUCAGGGUCACGUUCCCCUUUCUUCUUGAUGGAUGAGGGACCUGUUCUUUGAGAUGUGGACUCCCCAAGGCCAGGGAGGCCGAUGCCCUUCCAGGAAUACGUGGGCGGGACAGCGGGCCGGGACCCGACGGAAGGACUCAAAGGAGGCCCCAGAACAGUCGGAGCACAGGAUGGAUGGUGGGGCCUCAGGAGCUAUAAGUGGCCUGGCCGGGGCCCUUGCACGGGUCUCUGGCCAUGCUACUCCUCGGUGUGCUGCUGCUGACUGUGCUGGCUGGUGCCCGCCUGCUGUGGGGCAAGUGGAAGCUCAGGGGUCUGCACCUCCCACCUCUUGUCCCUGGCUGCCUGCACCUGCUGCAGCCCGACCUUCCCCUCCACCUGCUGGGUUUGACGCAGAAACUGGGGCCCAUCUACAGGCUCCGCCUGGGGCUGCAAGAUGUGGUGGUGCUGAAUUCUAAGAGGACCAUCGAGGAAGCCAUGGUCAGGAAAUGGGUGGACUUCGCCGGCAGACCGCAGACGCCAUCCUAUAAGCUGGUGUCUCUGCACCACCAGGACCUGUCCCUGGGGGACUACUCCCUGCUGUGGAAGGCUCACAAGAAACUCACCCGCUCAGCCCUGCUGCUGGGCAUCCGCAACUCCAUGGAGCCGCUGGUGGAGCAGCUGACCCAGGAGUUCUGUGAGCGCAUGAGAGCCCAGGCUGGCACCCCUGUGGCCAUCCAGAAGGAAUUCUCUUUGCUCACCUGUGCCAUCAUCUGUCACCUCACCUUCGGAGACAAGGAGGACACCUUAGUACAUACCUUUCAUGACUGUGUUCAAGACCUGAUGAGAACCUGGGAGCACUGGUCCAUCCAGAUGUUGGACAUCAUUCCCUUUCUCAGGGUGAGGGGUGCAGCCCAGACUCCCUGGGUCCUGGGAGGGGUGGUGCAGGGGGAGCAGGCCUCCUUGCCAGCGGCUGCACCCUUUUGCCCCCUGCCCCAGUUUUUUCCCAACCCAGGCCUCUGGAGGCUGAAGCGAGCCUUGGAGAACCGGGACCAGAUCGUAGAGAAGCAGCUGAGGCAGCACAAGGAGAGCAUGGUGGCAGGUCAGUGGAGGGACAUGACCGACUACAUGCUCCAGAGGAUGGGGAGGCUGAGAGCAGAAGAGGGCUGUGGACAGCUCCUCGAAGGACAUGUGCACAUGUCCGUGGUGGACCUUUUCAUUGGCGGCACCGAGACCACGGCCACCACCCUCUCCUGGGCCGUGGCGUUCUUGCUUCACCACCCUGAGAUUCAGCAGCGACUGCAGGAAGAGCUGGAUCGGGAGCUGGGUCCUGGAGCUUCAGGCUCCCGAGUCCCGUACAGAGACCCCACACGCCUGCCCCUGCUCAGCGCCACCGUUGCCGAGGUGCUGCGCCUGCGGCCCGUCGUGCCCCUGGCCCUGCCGCACUGCACCACGCGGCCCAGCAGUAUCUCGGGCUACGACAUCCCCAAGGGCAUGGUUGUCAUCCCCAACCUGCAAGGCGCCCACUUAGACGAGACGGUCUGGGAGCGGCCACAUGAGUUCCGGCCCGAUCGCUUCCUGGUCCCCGGCGCCAGCCCCAGAGUGCUGGCCUUCGGCUGCGGGGCGCGUGUGUGCCUGGGGGAGCCGCUGGCACGCCUUGAGCUCCUGGUGGUGCUGGCGCAGCUGCUCCGGGCCUUCACGCUGAUGCCCGCUGCGGGCACCCUGCCCUCUCUGCGACCCCGGGCCCGCUGCGGUGUCAACCUCAGCAUGCAGCCUUUCCAGGUGCAGCUGCAGCCCCGGGGGGCAGGGGUCCUGGGACGUGGCCAGCACCCAUGACAAGCAGGACACACGGCGGCU